ACUAAGACCAUUCAGUUUUCUAAAGAUGCUAGUAGAUUGAAUGCAUAUAUUCGGGUUGUUAUCAUUGCCCUCUUGUUCCCUCCAGGGCCCCCACUGGGGAGACACACAGAUGGCCAACAGAAAUGUCAGUGUGGUAACUGAAUUCAUCCUCCUUGGGCUGACCGAUAACCCUGAACUGAAUACUGUCCUUUUUGUGCUGUUUCUCUCCAUUUAUUUUGUCACCGUGGUGGGCAAUGUUUGGAUUAUAGCAAUAAUCUGGGCUAGUACCCAGCUCCAUUCCCCCAAAUACUUUUUCCUUUGCCAGCUGGCUUUCUUGGAUUUCUGCUAUUCAUCAGUCUUUAUUCCUAAAAUGUUGGUGAAUUACCUAGCAGGACAGAAAGUCAUCUCCUAUCACGGUUGCCUCCUUCAGUAUUCCUUUGUCAGCAUGAUCCUGACCACUGAAUGUUUCCUGCUGGCGGCCAUGGCCUAUGACCGCUAUGUCGCCAUUUGCCGCCCGCUUCACUACAAAGGCCUCAUGACCCCCAUGUUCUGCACCCACUUGGUGGCUGCUUGCUACCUGCUAGGUUCUGCCAGCUCACUCACCCACCUGAGAGGCUUGCUCAGCCUGUCUUUCUGUGGGCCCAACAUCAUCAACCAUUACUUCUGUGACAUCCCACUGCUCUUUCAACUGUCCUGUUCGGACACCCAACACAACAAGAUUUUAUUUACCGUCCUCUCUGGAAUGACAUCGGUGACCACCUUCCUGAUGGUGGUUGGUUCCUAUGUGGGAAUCCUGCUCACUGUCCUGAAGUCACCCUCUACAAGGAGCAGAUAUAAAGCGUUCUCCACGUGUGUAUCUCACCUAACAGUAGUGACUCUCUUCUACGGAACAGUGAUAUUUACCUAUCUGGGAAGCAGUUCCAGCUACGCACCAGAUAGAGCCAAAAUCCUGUCCAUGUUUUACACCCUUUUGCUGCCAAUUCUAAAUUUCCUGAUAUACAGUGUGAGAAACACAGAGGCCAACGAAGCAAUGAAAAGAAUUAUUGUGAGAAAAAUAUUUGCUCUCUGA